AUGCGGGACUCAGAUGAGCCGGCACAGUUCAGCUCAGGCCAGUCUACCGAAUUGAAGAAGCUUUGUAGCUUGAGCCCCGAGGCGAUUCUUUGGAAUUCAAUUGUACCACGAUCUCCUCCUUGCCAUUGCACGGUGGAUAUGAUAAAGAGCAACUCUAAGUAUAAAAAGUGGCAAGACGCGGAGAUCAUCGAUCGAAUCGCGAUCACUUCGGAAAUGCUACAGCAGUACAAGGAGCUGCGAGGGAGCCUCGAGCGUAGCGAAGAGAUACAAGAUAUCGAGCAGAACGCUAUUGUCUGGGACUUUCUUAACGUUGCAGCCCGGAAGGAGUAUCCUGCCCUAUACUCUGCGCUAUCGAAGAACCAGGACCUUGGAAGCAAAGGUGAUCAAAACCUCGACCAUGGCGGUAAUCCCAAUACUCAUAACACUACUACAGUGACGAAAAACACGAGUGCAGUCUGUUCUGGCUCAGGCUGCACGCGCCCCUCAACAGUGCUUUCCACUCGUAAUGCGCCAGCUUCCUCAUCCGCUCUCCCUUCCACUUCCAGCAUCACUCUAGUCUUCAAGGACAUCUUCAUGAAAGAUGGCAAAGCGAAGAAAGCGAAUAAUAGCCCUCAUGCAGACCACGAGCGAGUGCAGCGAUUGCCCGACUAUGGGGCGCCCUCGCCGAAUACAACCAGAAAGGCAGCUGGGUCAAAAGUCACCACGCGAGCGCCCUUGAAUAAGCGUCCCGUAGCUGAGCCUGCGAAAACGAACAAACGGAAAGCAUCCCCCAACGUUGAACAGAAAGAUGUUGUAAAGGCAAAGAAGAGUGCCGUGGGUAAGGUGCAUAUCAAGAAGAAGUGGAGUAAAGAGGAGCACAACAUUCUCUUUCAUACUAUCAACGAGUGGUGCCACAAGAACGGGGUCGACAAACUCGAAAUGAAAGCGGUGAACCAAAUAUGCUUUGAUGCCCUCGCAGCAACGGGAUCUUCGCGUGAGAAGAGCAUUGUCGCAUCGAAAACCAAGAACAUGGGAAGAAAUCCCUCGACCUCGUCAAAAAGGCCAAAGACAUCCGCUCUCCAUGUUGAAGAUUUUCCCCAGAAGAGCUCAGAUAUCCUUCUUCACGGGUGGCUACCAACUGAUUGGCUGAAUUGA